UGCCCAUAUCCGUUUAGCCGCCCCCGGCGCCAUCAACCCCGUCGCCGUGGACUCGUCCUCUCCUCUCCUCUUCCCCUUUUCCUCUCCCUCUCACUCACUCCCCUCCGUCCAUCGGAUCCAUGAAAUGAAACCCCCGAUCACCUCCUCAAAUGUUAUCAAAGAAACCCAUCUCCCUCCUCCUCAUCAAGACCAAAUCCUACUCAAGUCUCUCAUCGGAAACCCCCAUCAUCUCCCAACUCCACCAAAUCCUCUCCUACCCCAACUGGAGAUCUCACCCUCAGCUCCCCUCCCUCAUCCCCAACCUCACCCCUUCCCAGAUCUCCCAAUUCCUCGAUACCCAUCAGGAUCCCAUCGCCUCCCUUCACUUCCUUGACUUCCUCUCUCAGCGGCAUUUCGUCAAACACCCCGCAGACACCUUCUUUCCCCUCCUGAACCGCCUGGUAUCUGCUGGUAUUCUCACUGCGGCGAGCAGGGUCGCUGUUAUGAGCAUCAAAGCGUGCGGGAGCGAUCGGGAGGUCACCCGGGUGUCCGGGUUCUUGAGGGACCUGAGCUCGAGGGGCUUCAGGUUCACGCUUGCGAUGUACAACUCGCUGUUGAACCAAAUGGGUAGGCAUAAUUUGGUUGGUAUGGCAGUUGAGCUCUUUUGUUCUAUGCUGGGUAGCGAGGUGGAGCCGACGCUUGUCACAUAUAAUACGGUGGUUAACGUCUUGUGUAAGAAUGGGAGGGUGAAGGAGGCAAUGGUGGUCGUGGGUAGGAUUUUUAGGUGUGAUAUGAGGCCGGACGGGUUUAUGUACACGUCUUUGAUACUCGGGUAUUGUAAAAGUUUUGAUAUUGAGAAGGCAUUUCGGGUGUUCGAGAUGAUGGUUAAGGAAGGAUGCCAGCCGAAUUCAGUAACAUAUUCAAAUCUGAUUAAUGGGUUGUGUAAUGAUGGGAGGGUGGAUGAGGCUUUGGACUUGAUGAGAGAUAUGGCAGAGAAAGGGGUUGAGCCAACGGUAUAUACGUACACUGACCCAAUAUCAGUUCUUUGUUUUGAGGGCCGCAUUAUUGAGGCGUGUAAUUUGGUUAGUGAUAUGAGGAAGAGGGGUUUACAGCCAAAUGUUCAUAGUUAUACUGCAUUUGUGGGCGGGCUUUGUAAAUUUGGUGCAAUAAACUUUGCUGUAGGUUUGUUUCAAAGGAUGGAGAAGGAUGGUUUGAUUCCAAAUGUAGUAUCUUACAAUGCUUUGAUUAAUGGGUUGUGUGAAAGAGGCAGACUUGGAGAUGCAGUGAGGGUUUUUGAUUCGAUGGAGAAAAGGGGCUGCUUGCCGAAUCUGAGAACUUACAAUGAGAUGAUAAAGGGAUAUUGCCGAGCGGGUAGAAUCGAGAAAGCAAUGCUUCUAAUCCAAAUGAUGGUUAAUACCGGUCCUUCACCAAACCAGGUUACAUACAACACUGUAAUAGAUGGAUACUGUAAAGCCGGAAAUCUUAGUAAUGCGGUUCGAAUGAGGGAUUUUAUGAAGGAAAAAGGUUGUGAUCCUGAUGAGUGGACCUACACUUCACUUAUAUGUGGCUUUUGUAAAGAGAGAAAGUUGGAAUUAGCUUCAGAGGCAUUUGAAAACAUGGUAAGCGCUGGGUUGAGGCCUAACGAGGUUACGUAUACUGCACUAGUGGAUGGGUACUGCAAGGAUGGUAAACAAGACAUUGCUUUGGAUUGGCUGAAUAGAAUGGAAAAGAAUGGUUGUGAACCAAACAUACAGACUUACAAUGCUAUAAUAGAUGGGCUUUUAAAAGAAAACCGGGUAUCAGAAUCACUGGAAUUUCAAAGUCAGAUGGUAGAGCAAGGAUUAUCACCUAAUGUUGUCACUUAUACUACAUUUAUUUAUGGUCUAUGUAAGCAUGACUCCACACCUUCUGCAUUUAAACUGAUGGAUGUAAUGGUGAAGAGAGACUGCUUGCCCAAUUUGCAUACUUAUAGUGUUCUUCUUCAUGGACUGUGCAAAGAAGGAAAGGUCGAGGAGGCUGAGAAGCUUCUGGAAAAGGUUAUAGAAAAAGGUUUGGUUCCAGAUCAGGUUAUGUACACUUCAUUGAUGGAUGGAUAUAUUAUGUCAGGAAAAUUAGACCUUGCUUUUUCACGUUUGCAACAAAUGGUUGAUGCUGGGUGUAGGCCAAGUUACCGGACUUAUAAGGUUUUGAUGGAAGGAUUACUAAAGGACCACCAACUAAUAGAGCAGAAGUUUGCAGCUCUGCCAGAUUCGGUCACUACUUCCACCGUAGUGGAGAAUGUUAUAGAUACUGACAGUAUAUCUUUACUAUUGCUUAGAUUGCGAGAGUACGGAUGUGAGAUUAAUUUUGAUCUUUAUAGCACCAUGGCAAAUGGUUUGUGUAGAGAAGGGAAGUGGCAUGAGGCACAUCAUUUGGUUAGAAGUAUGGCUGACCAUGGUUUUUCUCCAGAUGAAGAGAUAUACACAUCAUUGCUAUUGGUUUUUUCCAAAAGAUACCAAGUAGAUUUUGCAUUAGAUAUUUAUAAUGAAAUGACUCUCAAAGGCUAUGAGUGUAAUUUGAGUGGUUAUAGGUCAUUGAUAUGUGCACUUUGUAAAUCGGAUAGAAGAGAAGAAGCUUCAAACCUUUUUGAAAGCAUGCACUUAAAGAAAUGGAGUCCUGACGAGAUAGUGUGGAGCAUACUUAUCGAUGGUUUAAUAGAAGAAGGAGAACAUGAUUUGUGUGAAAAGUUUCUUCAUGUAAUGGAAGAGAAGGAUCAUGCUCCCACCUUCGAGACAUGUGUUAUUUUGUCAAGAAAAUUUCCCAAUAAUGAGAAUAAUACUGACAUGAGUCUCCGUGUUGAUAAAUCAAGGGCCUGAGGGUUAACUAUGUGAUAUUGCCUCUAGAAAAUGAGCAAUUCACUCUGUUCUGGUCAGGUUCCUUCUGUGUAGAUAUAGAUACUGAUAAUAAAAGGUUGAUGGAUCAAUUUUGAUGCUGAAAUGACCUCGAGGGAGCUGGAAGAGCUUCCUAAACUUUAUCAGGAAUAUAUUUUGAGCGAAUAUUCAGUUCAGAGAUGUGAUCUGGCCUUCUAUUGAAUAACUCGGGACUAUUGGAAGUCUCUUCAUGAGUUGCUUAUAAAUCAAAACCGGACAAUGUUUGAUGAAUGUGAUCCUCCUUUCCUUCGGUUGUCUUUGAGAAUACAAUCUUGAGAAUGUUUUAGAAACUGCAUGUUGCUAAAUGCAAUUUUCUCGAAAUCCAUCAAGGCUGCAGAAUCAAGCAAGUAGAGGGAGAACUUGGUUUUUUUAAAGUCCGUCAAGGCUUCAGAGUGUAUGAUAUAUAUCAAGCAAGUGGGAUGAAUUUUUGGUUUUUUCUUAUUUCUGGAGGAGGCAGAAGAAUCUUUCAUGGGUUUCUUUGGAGGAGGAAGAAAGAACGGAGGAUAAAGAAGGGGGUAUAAUAGAAAUUCUAUCCUCAUUCUGCCAGAAAUCUUAUAUGAGUGGAGGGGGAACUGACAUGUUUUCUUGGAGGAGGCAGGAGAAGGGAAAAUCUGUUAAGGGUUUCUGUGAAGAAGAAAAAGGAUAGAGAAAGAAGAAGCGGCUGAAUGGAAUUUCUAUUCUCAUUCUGCUAGAGAUCUAAUAUAAGGGGAUGUUAAGGGGAGAGGUACAAGAAUGGGUCUUGUGUAAUUUGAAAGGCAAGUUGGCAUAUAGCAAGUGGAGAUAAUUUUCAGUAUACCAAAAAUUGAGGGAUAAAUGUGUAAACCCCUAUUUUUUAUGUUCUUAAUCUCUAACUUUUUUACAUUCAUUUAUAUUCUUUCUCUAACAAGAUUUGAAAAUUUUACUCGAUGGGUACAUUGUAUGCAUGGUAACUUAAAAUGACUGUAAUUUGCUAAUUAUAUUAAUAAAAGAAGUUGU